AUGUCAGGCCCCUCCAACCGCCUCAGAAACGUCCUCGGCCACAUCUUCCACUCGGCUACCCCUGAAUCAGUACCCCACCACUUCUCCCACCUCUCGCCCACUUACUUCCUCGAACGCGCCGCUGCCAUUGAGCCCGAUGCCGAGGCCGUCUACCAUGUCACAGCCAACAACAAGAUCCUCCGGCGGUCCUACAUGGAGCUCGCUGACCGUGCCCGUGGGCUGGCGUACUACUUCCGCAAGCAUGGCUACAAGCGCAUUGGUCUGCUAGCACCCAACACGCCGGCGUUUUUGGAGAGCAUCUUUGGGAUUGUUGCUGCUGGGGGUGUGAUUGUGCCAGUAAACUACAGGCUGAAGCCAGAUGAUAUCACCUACAUCUUUGACUUUGCCGAGGUGGACUGCAUCAUUGUCGACAAGGAGUAUGAGAAUCUGUUGAAGGCCUUCACAGAAUCUCACCCCAAUGUCAAAAUCAUCGUUGAUCUUGACACCGACGCAACAGAAGGCGUCCUCUCCGGCCCCUUUGACGAAGCAGUCCUCGAAGGCCUCAUCCUCGACCGCACCACCGGCUCAAAAGGCUGGUCAGACCUCAUCUCAGCCCGUGUCCCCGACGAAGAUUCCACCAUCGCCCUCCCUUUCACCUCUGGCACAACCUCCCGCCCAAAGGGGGUAAUCUACACCCACCGCGGGGCCUACCUGGCAACCAUGGCCAACAUUGUCGAGUCGGGCCUCAACCUCCCAGACGGCAGGUGCAAGUAUCUCUGGACCCUCCCCAUGUUCCACGCCGUAGGCUGGACCUUUCCCUGGGCCAUCACCGCCGUGAGGGGAACCCACGUCUGUCUGAGGAAGAUAGACUACCCGCUUAUCUGGUCUCUUCUCAAAAACGAGGGGGUCACCCACUUCAACGCAGCACCAACAGUCAACACCCUUUUGUGCGCCGACCCCAACGCCGAAGUCCUCCCCAACCCAGUCCGUGUCACUGUUGCUGCGUCCCCCCCAACAGCGAGGUUAUUCGAGCAAAUGACCGCGUUCAACCUCUACCCUGUCCACGUCUAUGGUCUUACCGAAACAUACGGUCCAAUCACCAGGGGUUACCUCCUACCAGAAUGGGACCUCCUGCCCCCCCACGAGAAGUUUGCAAAAAUGGCAAGGCAAGGUCAUGGAUUUCUCACCUCGCUUGGUGUGCGUGUCGUCAAGACGGCCGAGGAUGGGAGUAGCCUAGGCGGGGAGCCGGUAGACGUUGCCAAGAACGGAAAGGAAGUAGGCGAGAUUGUUUUUGAGGGGAAUAUCUGCUGCAAGGGGUACUACAAAGACCCGGAGGCGACGAGGAAGCUCUUUGAGGGGGGUGUUCUCCGCUCUGGGGACCUGGCAGUCUGGUGUGAGGAUGGGAGUAUUUUGAUUCAAGAUAGGCAGAAGGAUAUCAUUAUCUCUGGUGGUGAAAACAUCUCCUCUGUCGCCCUUGAAUCAAUGCUAGUCGAGCAUCCCUCCGUCCUCGAAGCCGGCGUCGUCGCAGUGCCUGACUCUCAUUGGGGGGAGAGGCCAAAGGCUUACCUCACAGUCAAGCAAGGGCAGACAAUUGACGAAAAGGAGUUUAUCGACUGGGCGAAACACCAGAGCAGUAUCAGUAAAUUCAUGGUGCCGAGGGAGGUGGAGGUGGUGAGGGAGUUGCCAAAGACGAGCACGGGGAAGAUAAGGAAGAACGUCCUUCGGGACUGGGCCAAGAAGGGGACGCCCGGGGAUGUUAAACUUUGAGUGAGUGAGGGGGGUGGUGUUUGUAAAGGGGUUUAUUCAGGGAACUAUAUAAUUAGCGAGCAAAGGCGGUUUAUAGGUUAUGCAUUUUAUUUAUCAUCAGCAAUGAUUGUUAUGCACAAAGUAAAAGAAGUCCCCAGAACCAACAGCUUAUUAAUGCUACGUGGAAUAUUAC